AUGGCCCCAAGCGCACAUCAAGACCCUCGCCCAAACUCUCCCCGACGCGCUCGCCGAGACGUUCGCCAACGCGCUCGCCGAAACCCGAGCCAAAACUCUGGUCAAACCCCUUCCGAAGACGCGGCGCUCGACCGAGAGCCCGGCCGCUCCUCUCGGCGGUACUUAUCCCAGAACCCAGGCGACUCGGAAGAUGACCACGUAUACGACGCAAACGACUCCGCAGGUGACUACGUAGACCCGGACGACACAGACGACGGCAUAGACGUGGACCAAGGCUUUGACAUCGUGGGAGGACCGUACCAACGACCGGCCCAAAGAUCGCGCCGGCCGCGGCAAGCCCCCGGCCAGGCCCAAGGCCAAAACCAUGGCCGAAACUCAUCGAGACAAGCAACCUCCCCGACCCACCAAAUCGUCAACAACUACAAUAUCAAUGCCUGCCCUGGUGCAAACUCGAGCUGCUGCGCGGAUUGCUGCCCCAUCUGCCGUGCUGGCCCAGGGGAUCCUCGUACCGGACGUGGUCUUUUUCCACCCAGCGUUAUCCACGACGGUCCAGCACUUGCACCCGCACAUACUGCUGCUACUCGUGCUGCUACUCCUGCUGCUGAAGAACUGCGCCAAAGACGUCAGAGGGCCGUGCGUGGCCAUACGUUCUGCAGCUGGGACUGCAAAACGGAUCUUGGAGUCAACCAUGGCCGUGCUCACCGGCCGGCAAACAGAGGUGUACUAGCCGUCAAAUCCGUGCAAAGUCGGGAACUUUGCAGUCUGGUAGCUUCUGAAUAG